AUGGCACAGACAGCGAUGCAGUCGUUCGAACAGCAUCGUUUUCUGUGCAUCGCCGUUCUAUCCGUCGCCUCUCACCAUCUUAUCUUCCGUCACGUUGAGCUUUGGCCCAUGCAGCUUCUUGCUCUCACUACUGCCCUCUUCAGCAUCGAUGUCUCGCUUCGACACUCGGUCAAUAAAACAACGCUUUUCCCCGAUGCUGCCAAGCUCGCCUAUGUCGAUCUAGCUGUUUGGACGUUGGGUGUUCUCAUCAGCAUCGGCGUCUAUCGUCUCUUCUUCCACCGACUUCGUCACUUCCCUGGACCCAAGGCUUGGGCGGUCUCCAAAUUCGCUCUCAUGACCACCGACGCCAAAGGCCUUCGUCCGAGAGCCCUCGAAGAGGCUCACAAGAAGUACGGCGACGUUGUCAGGACAGGCCCUCGCGAGAUCUCGAUCAACGCUCCUACAGCUAUUGCCCCGAUCAUGGGUGCUAAGAGUUCUUUCUGGCGAGGUCCGUGGUACGAAGCCACUGCCGGCGCUCGUGGCGCACACGUCCCUCGCAAUCUGCACUCGGUCCUCAUCGAGUCAGACCACUCGGCGCGUCGCAAGAUCUGGGACGCUGCCUUCUCGGCCAAGGCACUCAAAGGCUACGAGACCAUCUUGGUCGACAACAUAGACAACAUGGUCAACCAGCUCGAAAAGCGUUCGCAGCGAAAGGAGACGGUCAACAUCGAUGACUAUUGCUCCUUCUACUCGUUUGAUGUCAUGUCGCAGGCCGGCUUCGCUGGUGACUUUGGCCUGCUCAACCACGGUCAACUGACACCCAUGAUCCAAGCCUUGGAGGAUUUCAUGUCGUUUGUCCAACUGGUUGGCAAUCUGCCUUACCUCGUCGAAGUUUUCGGGCUGCUGCCGAACCCCAUUGCCGAAUUCGACAAGUAUAUGACCAGGAUUGUGAUGGAGCGCAAAGCACGCAAAGAGGCGGUGCCGGACAUCAUGGGUCACUUACUGCACGAGGUCGAAACGGAAAAGGGAAAGAGCAGCAAACGACAAGAUGCCGAAGCAACGACGGAUGCGCGAUUGAUCAUCGUGGCCGGCAGCGACACUUCGUCGACUACGAUGGGAAUCGCCAUGUUCUUCCUGAUGGAGCAUCCCAAGAUCCUCGCCGACCUGCGUCAGGAGCUCUUGGAUGUGUUUGGUGACGACGCUUCCCUGCUUACCGACUUUGCUCGAAUGGACGACAAGACAUGCCCUCUGCUCAAUGCCGUCAUCAACGAGUCGCUCCGAAUUUUCCCUCCCGUCCCUACCGGCCUGCAGCGCGAAAGCACCUCGCCGGCCGUGGUCGAUGUGAAUGGACAGAAGGUCGUCAUCCCUGCCAACACGAUUGUUACGCUGCCCAUCUGGUCGCUCCAGCGAGAUGCUCGCAACUUUUCGCCCGAGCCACUGCGCUUCCGCCCAGAACGGUGGCUCCACCCGGAAAACGAGGAGCAUUUCAACAAAACCGCCUUUACACCCUUCUCGUUCGGAAAGACUUCGUGCGUGGGCAAGGUCCUGGCCUACAUGGAGAUUCGCCUUGUCAUCUCCAACCUCGUCCGACGAUUCGACUUUGUUCCCACAGGCAACUACGACGCGCAAAAAUUCCAGGACAGUCUAGUGGAUGCCUUUGUGACCAAGCGCAACCACAAGCUUCCGGUCCACGUCAAAGUGCGCAACCAUGUCGGACCUUGA